AUGCUGGACUUCUUCCGGCACGUUGCUCAGUCGAUCCCCUCUUCCCUGCCGUCGGGCUCGACCUCGCCAGAGCUGGAAGCACCCGACGCGAUGCAAAACUCGACGCGGGACAUGCUGCAAGACCGUGCGGGGAUUAUCGUGCUUCGAGAAGACCUCGAUUUCUAUACGAUCCCACCGUUUCCGAAUAUUGACCAUGAUGAGAUGCUGGAAGUCAAGCGGGCUGCUGGCCGAGCACUCUUGAAACAGGACGGGAUUUUCUCAGGGUUGAGAAAAAGCGAGGAGGUUGGCUCUACGGAGCAGCACUUGAUUGAAAUGCUUACUGCUGGGUCAGUCCCCCUUUUCUCCAAUGACUUGAACCUCGAGACUCAUUCUGUUGCGCAGUGGAUUUGA